AGUGCCGCAGCCGGGGCGCGCCUUCCGGCUGUGCCCGCCGCCCGCGCGGCCGGGCCGGUAGGGGAGGGAGGCGAGCCUCCGGCCGUGGAACGGCAAAGAGGCCGCGGCCGGGCAAAGCCCCGAAGAGCGGGGCGGCGAGGGGCUAGCCCACGCCGCGGUUCCGCUGCGGGUGAGGGGUCUGCUUUGUGGUUUGUGUCGCUCCCUGGGGACUGCGGGAAGCGCCGGCCGCACGCGGCGAGCAGCGGCGGGGGUGAAGAGCUCUCCUGAAGCACCGUCAAGGUGAAGCAAAGACGUUCGCCCCCGACUCUUAAAUGACCUUUUUUUUCCUUAGGGUCUUAAAUUUAUCCGCUGUGGUCAUUCGUAACUUUAAAAGUAACGCCGCCUCCUCAGAAAAUCGGACUAGAGCGCGUGUUUGAAAACCCUCCUGUAAUAAUAAACCGCACAGUUCUUUUCCAGACAUAACCACCAGGUAGCUUUUUAACAAUGAACAGCGUUGCCAAAAGCCUUUUGAAAUCCGUUAAACACGGCCGAGCAGCGUGGCUGAGAAGCAGCUCUGCUCGCUCUGGAAAACAGCAUCUUCGGAAACUAGUUCUGGGAAUAGAGACGAGCUGUGACGACACCGGCGCUGCCGUGGUGGACGAUGCCGGCAAUGUUCUGGGAGAAGCGCUGCACUGUCAGAAGGAAGUCCAUUUACAAGCAGGUGGAAUAAUUCCUGUGGUGGCACAGCAACUUCACAGAGAAAACAUCGAGCAAGUAGUAGAAGAAGCGCUUAGUGUCAGUGGAGUUUCUGUACAUGAACUUGCAGCUAUUGCAACUACAGUAAAACCAGGACUUGCACUAAGCCUGGAAGUGGGGCUGCAGUACAGCUUGAACUUGGUGAACAAGUACCAGAAGCCGUUCAUACCCAUUCAUCACAUGGAGGCUCACGCACUGACCGUCAGACUAACACAUCAUGUGGAAUUUCCCUUCUUAGUUCUUUUACUCUCUGGAGGCCACUGCAUCUUGGCAGUAGCACAGGGAGUUUCAGAUUUCCUUCUGCUUGGACAGUCCAUAGAUAUAGCACCAGGUGACAUGCUGGAUAAGGUAGCAAGAAGACUCUCUUUAAGAAAGCACCCAGAAUGCCACAGCAUGGCUGGGGGGAAGGCGAUAGAGCACUUGGCUCAAACUGGAGACUGGCAACAACACACGUUCAGACUUCCCAUGCAACAGUAUCGUAACUGUGAUUUUUCUUUUUCUGGACUUCAGAACCUUGCCAAUAAAGCCAUUAUACAAAAAGAAAAAGAAGAAGGUAUUCAAGAAGGCGAGAUCCUAUCCUGUGUUAAGGAUAUUGCUGCUGCCGUACAGCAUGCAGUGGCUGUUCAUAUUAUCCAGCGGACAUAUCGAGCCAUGCUGUUCUGCAUAAAAAAUAGCAUAUUAUCAUCAAAAAAUGCAACUUUGGUUGUAUCAGGAGGAGUUGCAAGUAAUCAGUAUAUCCGAAAAGGUCUACAGACUUUGGCAGAUGCAAAUGAUUUUGCUUUUCUGUGUCCUCCACCAAGACUGUGCACUGAUAAUGGUGUUAUGAUUGCAUGGAAUGGCGUUGAAAGGUUACGUGCAGGACUUGGUGUUCUACAUAGUACUGAUGGCAUCCGCUAUGAACCAAAAGCUCCCCUUGGAAUUGAUAUUUCAAAAAGAGUUGAAGAAGAUUCCAUCAAGGUGCCAAAACUUAAAAAAGAUAUGAUGGUUAGCAUCUUAAAAAGUAACUUAGUAAAGUAAAUGCAACUAUAAAUUGUUCAAUAAAAACUGUUUCAAUGGUGUUACAUUUACUGACAGUACUUAGUUUACAAGUUUUGAAAAUCACCUCAGAGAAAUAAAUGCUGUGUCGUACCACCAAAAUGAUUCCAGUUACUGUUCCACAACUGUCUUAAGAGUUCUAGGUAUUAGAACAAUAAAAAAAAAUUAGAAGUGCACUUUCUAAUAAAUAUAAACUUAUGCAAAUGAAAA